AUGGUGGGACUAUUCGGAAAGAAAAAGGACCCGAAGGAGCAAGUACGAGAGCUGCAGAGAAAGAUGCGACAAGAGAUGAGGACGCUCGACCGUCAAGUUUACAGCAUUCAACGUGAGGAACAAAAGGUCAAAAACGAGAUCAAGGCCGCCGCCAAAAAAGGAGACAAGGACGUUUGUGUGAUUUUGGCUAAGUCGCUUCUUCAAUCUCGAAAGACCGUGCAGUGGAGCCCAGCCAUCGGCAUUCGUCGACCACAAUCAGACGCGAGAAUGGGUGCUCUCCUCGGCCUUUCACAGUCCGUUUUGGGUCCUUCACAUCAAGCUCAGCAACAAACAACACAAGAGCAACAUCGUCAUCGACAAACACAUCAAUCACAACAACAUCGAUCAGUCUCCACUGCUCCCGCAUUUGUUGUCGCCCUUCCACCGGUGGAAGAUCCAGAGAGCUCAGCAGAGCCUGCCACGGUCGACAUCGAGUCGAUGGAAGAGUUUGUAUGCAAAUGGGCAACAUGCGGGAAAGAGUUCACAACCAAACAGCCCUUCUAUGAUCAUGUUAAAACCAUUCAUGUCAAUCCAAUUAUUGAGUACAUUUGUGAGUGGGAAGAUUGUAAGAGAAACAAGAAGCCCUUCAACAAGAACUACAAGCGCGUCGGGGAUCUCAAAGUCCACAAACGAUCUCACACCGGCGAAAAGCCAUACAAGUGUACCGAAUGUGGAAAGGCGUUCAGUAAUUAUAGUGAUCAAGCCAAACACCAAAAUCAAACCCAUUCAAAUGUGAAGGGUUUCAAGUGUCAAUAUGAAGGAUGUCCGAAGGCUUACACCGAUCGAGGAAGCCUCCGCAAGCACUUUAGAGGGAGUCACGAUGAGAAGCGUUACCUGCGCGGUUAUCAAGGAUGUCCGAAGGCUUACACCGAUGGACAACGAUGGACAAAUGGCCCUGACUCGGCAGGACCUUCAUCGGAAUUGGAA